AUGCCCACUUAUUUGGAUCAAUAUUAAUAUCUCAUUCAAUCCAAGCACACAAAAUUUAUUUAACUCGCUGUCCAGUCAUUGGAGUAAACGUCUCUUUAUUAGUCUCAGUCAUUUGCAAUGCUAGGCUUGUAGAAAUCACCAUCAAUGUCCUUUUCUCAAUUGUAACGAUUUCUCUUACUUUUGAGUAUUUCUGAAUGUGCUUCUUAGUUAAUAGAAUCAUGA